AUGGACAAGUUUAUAAUUAGGAAGAAAUGUGACAACGUGUCAAGUGUUAGCGAUGGUGAAGCUAGACCCGGUGUUAGUGGUGCUGUGUGUGACAACAAAGACACAGGUAGUGACGGAACUGUGGUGGUGACAAAAAACACUGUUCCCCGAAAAAAACAACGCUGUUAUCAGCCCUCUUGGAAACAGCAAUUUGCAUGGAUCGAUUACAAUAAGGUGCAGCAGACAAUAUAUUCAUCAACAAAAGCUGCUGUAAAGGGGCCCCGUAUUAAGAAAUUCUCUAUAUACCGGUGGAAUCCUGCAACACCUGAGGUUAAGCCACAUUUGCAGCAUUUUGAAGUUGAUCUCACUGGCAGUUGUGGACAGAUGGUGUUGGAUGCCUUGAUGAAGAUUAAGAAUGAAUGUGAUGGUUCCCUCACAUUUCGUAGAUCAUGUCGUGAAGGGAUAUGUGGGUCAUGUGGAAUGAAUAUCAAUGGGAGAAACCAGUUAGCAUGCCUCAGUUUUAUUGAUCAGAAUUUAAAAAAACCAACCAUAAUAUAUCCUCUUCCACACAUGUAUGUCAUUAAAGAUCUUGUGGUUGACAUGAACCAUUUCUUUAAACAAUAUGCUUACAUAGAGCCAUGGCUAAUGAGGAAAGAAGAUGAACACACAUACUGUGGUAUACAGUAUUUGCAGUCUCAACGAGAUGCUAAAAAAAUGGAAAAUCACUAUGAAUGCAUUUUGUGUGCCUGUUGCUCUACAUCAUGCCCUUCGUACUGGUGGAAUGGCACUAAAUUUCUGGGACCAGCAGCACUCCUGCAUGCAUAUAGAUGGAUAAUUGAUUCACGUGAUGAAUAUAGUGAAUACCGACUGAGAAGACUUAAUGAUAGUUAUUCUGUUUUUCGAUGUCACACGAUCAUGAACUGUACUGUUUCAUGCCCUAAGGUGUGCAGUCUCUAUUCUUGUGCUGAAAACAGCAGCUGUCCACACUAUCUUGUGCAAGUAUCUUCCUCUCCACAUAACUACUGCAACCUACAUUCACUUGAACCAGCUUACUAUAUUGAGGCAUUUUCUACCAAGGAUGAAACUGCACAACAACUGGCCAAAGGAGAUUAAAGAAAUUGCUGAAAGGGAGUUAAAAAGUACUUGUUAAACAAUACGUUCUAUAAAUUGGAGUAUUACUUAUGUAUCACAGAGUAGGUGUUUGGUAGAAAA